AUGCCUGCCCAUAUCAAAAAGUACAAGGCCGCAGCUGUCCAAGCUGAGCCUGGAUGGUUUGAUCUUGAACUAUCUGUCAAGAAAACCAUUCAUUGGAUCAACGAAGCUGGAAAAGCAGGUUGCAAACUUGUUGCCUUUCCUGAAGUUUGGAUUCCUGGAUACCCAUACUGGGCAUGGAAAAUCAACUAUCAACAAUCUCUUCCCAUGCUCAAGGCCUACCGCGAGAACAGUCUCGCAUCUGAUUCAGAUGAGAUGCGCCGUAUUCGCGAAGCUGCUCGUGAGAAUGCUAUCUACGUCUCAUUGGGAUACAGUGAAAUUGAUUUCGCAUCCCUUUACAUUUCCCAGGUUCUCAUCUCCCCUACCGGAGAAGUUCUCAACCACCGCAGAAAGAUUAAGCCCACUCAUGUAGAGAAGCUUGUUUAUGGUGAUGGUUCAGGUGAUACCUUCAAGAGUGUCGUUCAGACAGACAUUGGAAGAAUUGGACAAUUAAACUGCUGGGAGAACAUGAACCCAUUUUUGAAGGCCAUGAAUGUUUCCGAGGGAGAACAGGUUCACAUUGCCGCCUGGCCAAUUUAUCCACACCAAGAAACUCGCACACUAUUAGAUCCAUGGACAAACGUUAGCAACCCCAACUCCGACAUUGUUUCUCCAGCCUACGCUAUCGAGACCGGAACCUAUGUUCUCGCACCAUUCCAACGUAUUUCCGCGGAAGGUGUAGACAAGAACACCCCACCUGGAGUUGAACGUGAAGAUCCAAACGUCUACAAUGGCAACAGCAGAAUCUUCGGACCUGAUGGCCAACUCCUCAGCAAGGCUGAUGAAGACUUUGAGGGAUUGAUGUUUGUCGAGAUCGAUCUCGAUCAAUCACACCUUCCAAAAGCUCUCGGAGACUUUGGGGGCCACUACAUGCGACCUGAUCUUAUCCGUCUCCUCGUUGACACACGCCGCAAGGAACUCAUUACUGAGGCCGACCAAGAUGGUGGAAUCGGUACUUAUAACACUCAAGAUCGUGUCGGACUUAACACACCUCUUGAUGCUCCUAGGAUUGAUGGCCCAAGUGGUGUGAGCAAGCAGGUGCUCCCCACCAAUGGCAAAAAAGGCCCAUUUAAGGCUUAG